AUGGAAGUUAUUACUUACAGAGUUGCACUUGCUGUGGUGAUGUUUGUUUGUUUUAUGAUAAGGAAUUCGGAAUGUGGUAUUCCAUUGAACUCUUUUCUCUCGGCUACAAACGCGAAACGAGACGCAGAUGACAUGGAAAAUUAUGAGGAGGAAGCCACAAAUAUCCAAGGCGUGAGAGGGCAAGAUCUUCGAAAACUCAUUCUGAAGAAGUUGCGAUUCCGGGAUCUAGAGGAACAAAGCCAGCCUAAUAUUGUAGAAAGAUUUCAAUAUCCAGUUAAACGUACCCAGGACAAUCUCGUGGACAGAGUGGCUGCUCUUCUUUCCGGUCUCAAGGUCCGACAGGUUUCCGACAGUCGUAGUGCGCGCAUGCCUAGUCUUAGGUUCGGCUAA